GGCGCUAGAGAGCCGCCCACAUACACACACACACCGCUCCGCUAAAGAUGUGAAAAUGGCGGAGCUACAAAUGCUUCUGGAAGAGGAGAUUCCAGCAGGACGAAGCGCACUACUAGACAGUUUCACCAAUUUGGAAAGAGUCGCGGAGUACUGCGAAAGCAACUAUGUCCAGUCUCCAGACAAGCAGAGGGCGCUGGAGGAGACCAAGAACUACACUACCCAGUCUCUGGCCAGCGUAGCCUACCUGAUCAACACGCUGGCCAACAAUGUCCUGCAGAUGCUCGACAUCCAGGCCUCGCAGCUCCGCCGCAUGGAGUCCUCCAUCAACCACAUCUCGCAGACGGUGGACAUCCACAAAGAGAAGGUGGCCCGGCGGGAGAUCGGCAUCCUCACCACCAACAAGAACACAUCCCGCACACACAAGAUCAUCGCUCCAGCCAAUCCCGAGAGGCCUGUGCGCUACAUCCGCAAGCCCAUCGACUACAGCAUGCUAGACGACAUGGGCCAUGGAGUCAAGUGGUUGCAAAGGUUCAAGGCCAGCGCUCAGAACAUGAAGGCCGGAGGAGGUGGACUCCCUCGCACAAACCCCCCGACACAGAAGCCCCCCAGCCCGCCCAUGUCAGGGAAAGGGACCCUUGGGCGCCACUCCCCCUAUAGGACGCUUGAGCCGGUGCGUCCACCCGUUGUCCCUAACGACUACGUCUCAAGCCCGACGCGCAACAUGCCGCAGAGCCCUGCGCGCUCUGCAUCCGUUAAUCAGAGGAACCGCACGUACAGCAGUGGGAGCAGCGGAGGCAGCCACCCCAGCAGCAGCAGUCGCAGCAGCAGCCGAGAGAACAGCGGCAGUGGCAGCGUGGGCGUGCCCAUCGCCGUGCCGACCCCAGCCCCGCCCAACGCCUUCCCAGCCCCCGUCCCAUCCAACCCAGCUAAACCUCCCCCCAACACCGCCACCACCCCUGGACCCCCCACCUUAGACGGCCCCCCACAGGCCUCAAACCCCACUGUAGAGAUCCCGCCUGUACCCCCGCCCCCUCCCCAGCUCCCUACCUCUGCGCCGCCCACUGGCACGGGCCCCACUACCUUCGGCAACCCUGCAGGUGCGCCUCAGUUCUACAGCAUGAACCGCCCGGCGCAGCCGCCCAACAACUCGCAGGUGGGGGGCUCGCUGCCGUACCGCAGACCCUCGUCCGUCACCGGUCAGCCCAACACGGCCCAGAGCCAGCUCAACGGGGGGCCACACUUCGCCCAGAGCCCAGCCGGCCCACUCGCGCCCCCUCCCCCCUCCAUGCAGAUCACCCCUCAGCUGCCUCUGAUGGGCUUUGUGGCCCGAGUUCAGGAGACUAUCUCAGACGUGCCGCCUCCGCCUCCGCCCGCCGACGAGCUGGUGUUCGAGGAGCCUACACCUCCCCCUCCACCGCCGGAGGACUACGAGGACGAUGAGGACGAAGAAGAGUCGGCGGUGGUGGAGUACAGUGACCCCUACGCCGAGGAGGACCCGCCCUGGGCCCCACGCACCUACGAUGAGAAAGUGGUGGCCAUCUACGACUACGCCCGAGACAAGGAAGACGAGCUGUCGUUCCAGGAGGGCGCCAUCAUCUACGUGAUCAAGAAGAACGACGACGGCUGGUACGAGGGCGUGAUGAACGGGACCACGGGCCUCUUCCCCGGCAACUAUGUCGAGUCCAUCAUGCACUACGCCGACUGAACAAUCCCCACUACUAAAUAAACCUCGUGGUGAGAGAGGGAGGGGGUGGAGCGUGGGAGGGGAGGGAGGGGUUAAAGGUCAAAGACUUUGAUCAGACAGAGCAUGAUCGCCUCCGGACGAAGAGACGAGGGAAGAAGAAGAAGCAGUUUUUAAAGAAGUUGCAACAUGACGGACUGAUGCCCAGGCAUCCUCAUUGUAAAACAACCACUACUGUAGGUACACCCCCCCCCCCCCCCCCCCCCCCCCCCCCGUAAUAUCUCUGUGUGUCUUCACGUGACUGAGGAGGACGGCACGGCGAUGGAUUUAUUGUGUUUUGAGAGUUUCGCGUUACAUUAUGAGGCCAACGCAUUGAUUUUGCUUCAUUGUUUUUACCAAUUUGCCCUUAUUUUAAAGAAUAUUUAUUUGGAUUUUGUAGUGGGAUAAGUGGUGCGCAGGUCGGUGGGACUGCUGAGGGGGGGGGGGGGUUUAGUCGGGGUUUCCAUGUCGCAGCCUCGGACAAAGGGCUGGAGGAGAACGCCUUCAUGUGUAGAUUUUCUCCUAAACACUCCAGAGACAUUUUAGAGAAGAAUACUCCCCCCUCUCUCUCUAUAUAUAUAUACAUAUAUAUAUAUAUAUAUACUUAAUAUAUAUAUAUAUAUGUAUAUAUAUUAAGUAUAAGCAACAACAUAAUCCUCGUGGGGAAAAAACUAGUUUCCGUACUUGACAAUUUGUUUCGGUACCUCAACAGAGAGCGUGCCAAAGCUGACGUUCACUAAGAUAAGCACAUCUAAUGUCUUACGGCGACACGCAGCUACAGACAGGAAGUCCUCAGAGGGCCGUAAACUCACAUUACUUACGUGAGUCCGAGGAUUAAACGCUAAGGGGCGGGUUUAGUCACUACGCGCUUCACUUUGCUGGCCAGUGUGCAGCUUCCCGUGAGAAGGAAUGGUCGUCCAGCCCUCGAGUGAGCACGGAGAGCGAGAUCCUGUCUCGCACAACGACCUGGAUUCUGAAGUCUUACUCUGCGGCGCCUGGCGUGAGAAUUAUACGUUGAUUAGAGGCGAGGCUGAUCACUCGCGGUGUUCACAUGCAUUUGAGACGAAGACAUUUCCUUUUUUAUUUUCGCCGUGUUACCAAGGGGGGGGCCAGAAUGGAGUUUGGCUUGCAGAGCGGCAGACUGCAUGUUUCCACGAUGUUUCUGCUGAUGAUUAAUGUCUUAAUAUUUUUAGAUAUGGUGUGGUUUGGUUUUUGAUAUUUCACCCACGACGAUGAUGCAUUUAGUUCAUUUCUAAGAUGCUUGUGCCAUAUUGAAGUGCGUGUUGCUGUUCAGAGGUCAUCACUUCAUUUGCAAUAAAAUUGGCCAGAGGAGGGGGGGGGGGGGAUUGUCGUUGAACUACAAAUCUUUUUCAGUUUUUCCCGAGUUGUUUUAAAUCAAAAGCACAUACGUUUGUAGUAAAAAGGUAUAGAAGAAGAAAUAAUAUAAAUGUGAGAUGUAUUAUGUCCUGAGAACAGGACUUAUUGAAUAUGAAAAGAUGCCAGCUGUUGUGUUGAAAUGGUUUUAACCGUCGCAAGCCCCCGAUACUUCUCAACGCCGCCGUCAGUUUAGGCGUCGUUUGUGCGCCGUAAAGUUUCCGAUACGCUUGGCUGUUGGGUGUUUGCGAGGGCUCAGUGCUUGUACUUAUGUCAGAAUCUUUAUUUUCUAUUAAAAAAAAACCAAGAGAAAUAAUAACACGUGGGUCUGUGUGUGAGUCUUGCAUGCCAUUGUUCUGUACCGGUGUCCCAGAAGCCUUCGUGGCGAGAUCACCCAUUGUUAAAAAGACGAGCAGCCCUGACCAGGAACCACCAGCCUCAUCCAAAGAGACUGUACAACUUAAAUCAAGCCCACGUCUGAGGAGUCGCUCUCAGGCCUGUGGGGGAGGAGGGAGGGCUUCCCCCCUCCCCCCCCCUGACAGUAGCAGUCAUUACGUCAGUGGUGAAAAAUCGUGUGUUUUAAGCUGCUAGUGAAUCCUGCGGACAAAGAAACCCAACAGGCCCGAGGUGACAACAAAUGUAACGCUCAAGAUUGACUUUCAUAACACUCGACACCAAAAACAUUCAAUACACCCCCCCCCCCAAACACGGCCUUCGGUUCUGCAGGAUUCACAGCUCCCUGGAGUCACAGACGUCCCUCGGGAUGUCCAGUUUAACAGUCCAUAAUGCCAUUGUGUUGCACAGUUAAAGUUGAAUUGCAGAAGUAUCAUAUUUGUAAAAUCAUGAGAACAAAGACAAUAAAAUUAUUAAGAUUUA